AUGCUCUGCCGCUCGCUCUUGCUCGCCCUCGUGGCCACCUACGCGGCACCUGUGUCCGUCGACCAGUGUGCUACUGAUCGCUGCGAUCCUUUUGACUACGAGUACACCAAAAACUGCUGCCAGCGCACCUGGAACCCAGGGUGGGACGGGCUGGUCACGACUUGCAAGGACGAGGGCGUCAUCGCUCUGACCUUUGACGACGGCUUCACGGCUGGAGACGUCAUCACGGCGGAAAGGUUGCACGCAGCCGGCAUCGUUGCAACUUUCUUCAUCAACGGCGACAGCGACAUCAACGUCCCUGGCGGCAAGCUGUGGGGUAGCUUGGAUGCCGUCGAAGGCAUGGGCCACCAAGUGGCCUCUCACACCCAGACGCACUGCUGCAUCGCGGGGAACGAGCACUGCCCUGGCAAAGCUUGUUCGGCGAUCGGUUCGACGGUCUCUCAGGAGCUGCGCAAUUUGGAGCAGGAGUACGAGCGGAACGCCAACAGAUCUGCGCCAGGGGGGCCCGGCCAAGGCGGCUUCUACCACCUGCGGCCCCCGUUUCUCGACCUCUCCGAGUCGUCGGCCGCCGAGAUUGUCAAGGAAGGGUACAGCAUCGCCUGGCUGACUGACGACACGAACGACUGGAUGGGUGAUCAUUGCCUCGUCUACCGCUGCCUCAACAGCAUCGUGUCGCAGCCGGCAAGCGGUUCCCACAACGUGCUCCAGCACGGGAGGAACUCAGGUGACCUCUCCGCAGCCUACUGGAAGCAGUUCAAGCAGGCGGCAGACAAGAACGGGUGGAAGUUUGUUACCUUCGACCAGUGCGUCUACGGUGUCGACCACCAAUCGCACCCGUCCAGCCCGCCGGUGGCUCCGCCGACGCCCCCAAUCGCGCCGACGCCGUCCUCCUCCUGCUUUUGGGAGGAUGGCUGCCUGCAAAAGGAUAUGUACUGCGGCGGCUGCGCCAGCGCCGGCGCAGAUUGCACCGAAACCCCCAACUUUCGCUGCGACCACGGCUUGGCCUGCGUCACGGAGGGCUGGUCGAUGUUCUGCCGCGAAUCGUCAGCCAUCUGA